CCUCCACCCCACUCUUGGAAGCAGGCAGCAUUCCGGUGGGCUCCAGUCGGGAAAAAAGAUGGCAGAGUUAGAGGAGGAGGUGGGUGUGCUGGUUCAGAGAGUUGUGAAGGAUAUUAACAGCGCAUUCAAGAAAAACCCUAACAUUGAUGAAAUUGGAUUGAUUCCAUGUCCAGAAGCUAGAUACAAUCGCAGUCCCAUAGUUCUUGUGGAAAAUAAACUUGGAGUGGAAAGCUGGUGCAUCAAAUUUCUGUUGCCAUAUGUUCAUAAUAAACUUCUCCUCUUCCGGCAGAGAAAACAGUGGUUUGAUCGAGAUGCUUUGAUAGAUAUCACGUGCACACUGCUCCUGCUGAAUCCUGACUUCACUACUGCAUGGAAUGUCAGGAAAGAGCUGAUUCAGUUUGGGGCAUUAAGUCCGGAGAAAGAUUUGUAUCUGGGAAAACUUGCAUUAACCAAAUUUCCGAAGAGUCCUGAAACUUGGAUUCACAGGCGAUGGGUUUUAAAAAGACUGCUCCAAGAGCACUGUCCUCAUAGUUCACUUGCAAAAGAUCAAAACAGAGAUGUGACAACAGCACAGUCUGCAAAAUAUCAGGAAAUUUUGCACGAUGAGCUGAAAGUGUGUACUGAUGCUGCAGGAAGGUACCCAAGUAAUUACAAUGCUUGGUCGCAUCGCAUCUGGGUUUUGCAGAAUAUGGCUGAAGAAGACAGCAAGAUAAUUUAUGAUGAGUUGUGCUCUUCUAAAUACUGGGUUUCCAUGCACAUAUCAGAUCACAGCGGCUUCCAUUAUCGACAGUUUCUUUUCAAGUCAUUGAUCAGAAGAUCCAAUUUUAUAUUGGACAAAACUGUUUCUGCACCUUCCUUACCAACUGAUCACUGUGCAAGUCUUCCAAAGGAGGAAUCAAGUUCUGAAAUUCAGACAUGGUCACUUCAGGGCCUCUUUGAUGAAGAAUUGGACCUUUGUAAUGAUCUUAUUGAGUCUUACCCAGGUCAUGAGGCACUUUGGUGUCAUAGACGUCUGGUUUUCUUCCUUUGGCAUCAUUGGAGCAGCGACCACCAUUCUUGUGGCACCCCAGGGAAAACAUCAUUGAAUGGCACAGAUGGAUCACUUGGGUUAUCGCACACAACAACAAUGGUUAACAAGGCUUCACAGGUCAUGGAUGUGGAUUGCUUAAUAGAUCCCAGCCUGCAAAGCUAUUCACAGGAGACUAAACGGCUUAAACGGGGUCCUCAACCGGACUCUCAUAAGCUCUUAGCAGAGCACAGGUUUGUUUCUAAAAUCUUGUCAGACUGUGGGAAUAUGGACCAAGUUCGUUUUGCUACUUCAUACAAAAAAUGGCUGGACUCUGUUAUAGGUCAGCUUUAGGGGAUAUAGUUGGCAAAGUGUUAACUGUAACACUCAGAACCCCUUCGGAGGAACAUUUUUUGUUGUUUCUUUCAGCCAUGUGUUUUCUUCAUUCUCUAUAGAAUUCUGCAUUGCUCCAGGUGUUCCAGCUUUUCAUGGAAAUAUUAGCAAUUAUCCACAUAACUGUCUGUAGCUCUUAAAAUGUAAGCAGCAAUUUUACAGUUUUCCUGUGUUAGGUAAGGUUCUUGGUUUACUAUCAUGUUCCAGUUAUUUAUUUUCUUCCCCAAUUAUCUCACAAAAAAACAUCUUUUUUUAAGUGUUUAUUGCAUUUAAGCUAUAGGUUUACAUGUUUUUUUUCUUUAUCAGACAAUGUUGGGGGAAAAAAAAAUCUUUCAUUUUGAGAAAUCAAAACACUUCCUGUAUAACUAGCAGCCACUGGAAAAAUGUAAAGAUCUGCUAUUCUGGUCUGCUGGAGACUAAGGGUUAAGUAUUGCUGAACGUUGCUCAGGUCAUUAGGCACUUUUGGUACUAUAGGUAUGCUGUUAGAAGGAGUCUGCAGUGCAUUUAUGUUUUAAAUUUGUUGAAGCACUUAAAGAUUAGCUAGCCAUAAUAAGUACCUUGUUAAACAUGGUGCUUUGUAGUACUUUAAAAUCACAUUUAAGCAAAGUCCCAUUAUGAGUCAAAUGAAUAGUGAUAAUCUUUUUGUCUAAUACACGUGAGAGGACUUUUAAGCAUUUAAACUGUCCAGGAGUUAAGUUUCACUUUUGCUACUAUGCGUAUUUAGUGUUUCCUUAGAUGUUUUCUAGGUAGCUAGGUCAGCCCCCUACCUUUUAGAAAUUGGACUUUAAAAAAUAUAUGGAACAAUAUCCAUCCAAGUCAACAUUUUAACAUUUGUAGCUUUUAAGAAAUCUGUUUCACAGUACCAUGUAAUAUUGAUUGUUGUUUGGUCACAUAAGUACUGUAUUUUUAAUAGAUCUGUUUUGUUCAGUUGUAAUAAGAUUCAUAUAUUUGUUAGGUCCUGUUUUACAUAAUAGCCUUAUGAAUGCCUCUCUGGCUAAUUUAUAAUUUGUGAGGCAUCAAGCAGAUUUAACUGCAAGAAAAUAUAUUUAAAGAAGAUACAGUUCUUUGUAGAGAUUAGGCUCCUAAGGCAGGGCUUUUGUGAUUGUAUUCAGUGUAGCAGUGCUAGUUUGUUUUUUUUUUUUGUAACAUGUAUGUCAUAUUUGUAAAACAAAAGGAUGCACACAUAAAAACUUAUCCUCAGCCAAGUAAUUCUUCUGAAUGAUACUCUUUUUCCAGUUAAAACAGAUAUUUAGGCCAUUUAUCCAAAAGUAAAAACUGUCAUACAUUAAAGGACUACAGUUGGUCAGUUUCCUCCACAUGAUACAUCAGAAUUUCUACUAAAAUGAUGGAUUAUGCAUGACCUCAGCAUUGUCGAGAUUUCUGUGAGAUUUUUCCUCCUUCAGUCUGUUUCAGGUCAUGGGUUCUGUAACUUUUCAAUUUCCUUUCAGUGCUUGACCCUUAAGGAGGAGUCUGGAGCACAAAACAAAUGGUAGUCUACCCAAACAGCAAGGAUUAUCAUCUAUGUGUCAUUCUCAUGGUUGCUUUCUUAUCUUUCUCUGUUUUUGUAUGCUCAUUUUCAUAUUUUAUUUAAACUUUCAGUUAAUUGGAGACAGAGUUUCUACUUUAUCUGUUGGAGGUCUUUAGUGGUAGAGACAUCCUCAUCUACACAGCGGACAAAGUCUAGCAUAAAUAGCGUUGAAAAUCUCUGCCCUUUCCAUUUUUUCCUUUAAACCCUAUGCUAAUAGUGAAUUUCAAAUACACUUUAAAAGUACAUAUAUUCACAUUUAUUUAUUGUUACUGCAUUUAAAUCUGAUAUAUUUAUACAUGUGGAAAACGUACUUUUUAGUUUACUUUUCAGUACCUGCAUUUGUUCCAGUAUGGCAUUAAUUUUAAUUUCUAUUGUUGGUUGCUAUCAUCUUUUUCCAGUUUUUAUCAGGCUUUUUUUUUUUUUUUUAUCUUUCUUGUAUUUUUUUUUUGUGGAUGCUCGGUGAAGUAUACCUUAUUCUAAAUUUUUUUUCCACUUUAAACUUUCUGCCAUGAAAUAUAUGGUGGGAGUUUUGUUGAUUGUUUUUGUUUUUUUAUUUUAUUUAUAAAUGGAAUCUAAAGGAAUAAAUAAUAUUCUAGCCAAUUAUUUUACAAAACUAGAAAUGGCAAAAAAGUGAAAUUCAGGAGCAAUAUACAGUAUACUGUUAUCUGCGUAAAAUGCAUUUGUUAUAUGGGCAUAAUUUCGUUUCCGCAGUGCUAAGCUGAAACAUAAGAAUCUGGAGCAGCACACCAACUCAGGAAAGUCAUACUCAGCUUUUGGGUAGUGUUGCAUUACUGUUUCAAGGAUAUUUAGUUAUAUAUUAUAUUUAAUUUUAUUUAUAUAUAUAUAUAUAUAUAUAUAUAUAUAUAUAUAUAUAUAUAUAUAUAUAUAUAGUGAAUUUAAACUUUAUAGGAAAUAAUUUUGUUGAGGAAUUGCUGCCAUUCUCUCCUUUAAAUAUAGUUUUUGUUACUGAAGAAUUUUCUGAAGGGGAAUUUGUAAUUUAAAUGGGUCUUAGGCUUUGUUUCACAGAUUUUUCCAUCUGAAAAAUUCUCCCAGCUCUUUUUUUUAUUUAUUAAGUUAUUUAAUGUGUUUUUCCCAUUCAGCAUCUUAUGAGUAUAUCUUUCUGGUGCUGACGACAGAUUAGAUGCUAGGUUCAGUUUUAUGUUGUGUAGACUGGAAACUGAGGAGAACUAAGCACAAUUUACAUAUUUACUCUGUCUUUUUUAAAUAUGCACAUUGUUUUCAUGUGUUAAUCUGUGCUGUUUUUUGUUCUAAAUGUACAAGUACUAAAUGCACACUUUCCACUGAUGUAAGAUGACAAGGUGGAAAUUGAUAUGUGUUUAAAAACAUUUGCUGCUUCCUAGAUAAAUCUUAUACAAUAUAUUAGCCUUCAAUGCUUUUCUUUCAGCACAAAUUAAUGUAAAGUCUGCAUUUAUCUACUACCAGUUUGUAGUUAAAUAAGUUAAUAUGUUAUUAGGUUGCAGAUUUCAACAGCAAAUAUGUAUUUAUUGAAGUAAAAUGCCUUUUUGGCCAUGCUGGUACUUUUUGAAUCUGGACAGUGUAAAAAUAA